GCCCGAGGCGCUGCUUGAGCUCACACCCUCUAUGUCCGGGUCUCCUGAGGCAGCGAACCGCCGCUGGUUCCGAUAGUGUCCUCACGGACCGCCACGCGGAAAGACAAAAAGACAAAAAUUCUCCAGAUGUCUUCUAGUAAUAUCGAAGUUUUUAUCCCAAUGUCACAAGGAAACACCAAUGGCUUCCCCUCGACAACUUCCAACGAUCUGAAGGCAUUUGCUGAAGGAGCGGUGUUAAGUUUUCAUAACAUCUGCUAUCGAGUAAAAGUGAAGAAUGGCUUUCUACCUGGUCGAAAACCAGUUCAGAAAGAAAUACUGUCGAAUAUCAAUGGAAUCAUGAAACCUGGCCUCAAUGCCAUCCUGGGACCCACAGGUGGAGGCAAAUCUUCGUUAUUAGAUGUCUUAGCUGCAAGGAAAGAUCCAAGUGGAUUAUCUGGAGAUGUUCUGAUAAAUGGAGCGCUGAGACCUGCCAAUUUCAAAUGUAAUUCAGGUUACGUGGUACAAGAUGAUGUUGUGAUGGGCACUCUGACGGUGAGAGAAAAUUUACAGUUCUCAGCAGCUCUUCGGCUUCCAACAACUAUGUCGAAUCGUGAAAAAAACGAACGGAUUAACAGAGUCAUUCAAGAGUUAGGUCUGGAUAAAGUGGCAGAUUCCAAGGUUGGAACUCAGUUUAUCCGUGGUGUGUCUGGAGGAGAGAGGAAAAGGACUAGUAUUGGAAUGGAGCUUAUUACUGAUCCUUCCAUCUUGUUCUUGGAUGAGCCCACAACUGGCUUAGACGCGAGCACAGCAAAUGCUGUCCUUUUGCUCCUGAAAAGGAUGUCUAAGCAGGGACGAACAAUCAUCUUCUCCAUUCAUCAGCCUCGAUAUUCCAUCUUCAAGUUGUUUGAUAGCCUCACCUUAUUGGCCUCAGGAAGACUUAUGUUCCAUGGGCCUGCUCAGGAGGCCUUGGGAUACUUUGAAUCAGCUGGUUAUCACUGUGAGGCCUAUAAUAAUCCUGCAGACUUCUUCUUGGAUGUCAUUAAUGGAGAUUCCACUGCUGUGGUAUUAAACAGAGAAGAAGACUUCAAAGCCACGGAGAUCCUGCCUUCCAAGCGGGAUAAGCCACUCAUAGAAAAAUUAGCUGAGAUUUAUGUCAACUCCUCCUUCUACAAAGAGACAAAAGCUGAAUUAGAUCAACUCUCAAGGGGUGAGAAGAAGAAGACCACAGUCUUCAAGGAGGCCACCUAUACCACCUCCUUCUGUCAUCAACUCAGAUGGGUUUCCAAGCGUUCAUUCAAAAACUUGCUGGGUAAUCCCCAGGCCUCUAUAGCUCAGAUCAUUGUCACAGCCAUACUGGGACUGGUUAUAGGCGCCAUUUACUUUGGGCUAAAAAAUGAUUCUACUGGAAUCCAGAAUAGAGCCGGGGUUCUCUUCUUCCUGACGACCAACCAGUGUUUCAGCAGCGUGUCGGCUGUGGAACUAUUUGUGGUAGAGAAGAAGCUCUUCAUACAUGAAUAUAUCAGUGGAUACUACAGAGUAUCAUCUUAUUUCUUUGGAAAACUGUUAUCCGAUUUAAUACCCAUGAGGAUGUUACCAAGUAUUAUAUUUACCUGUAUAGUGUACUUCAUGUUAGGAUUGAAACCAAAGGCAGAUGCCUUCUUCAUCAUGAUAUUUACCCUUAUGAUGGUGGCUUAUUCGGCCAGUUCCAUGGCGCUGGCCAUAGCAGCAGGUCAGAGUGUGGUUUCCAUAGCAACACUUCUCAUGACCAUCUGUUUUGUGUUUAUGAUGAUUUUUUCAGGUUUGUUGGUAAAUCUCACAACCAUUGCAUCUUGGCUCUCAUGGCUUCAGUACUUCAGCAUUCCUCGAUAUGGAUUUACGGCUUUACAGCAUAAUGAAUUUUUGGGACAAAACUUCUGCCCAGGAUUCAACACAACAUCGAACAGUACUUGUGAAUAUGCAAUAUGUACUGGCGAAGAAUAUUUGACCAACCAGGGCAUCGAUCUCUCACCCUGGGGCUUGUGGAAGAAUCACGUGGCCUUGGCUUGUAUGAUUGUUAUUUUCCUCACAAUUGCCUACAUAAAAUUGUUAUUUCUUAAAAAAUAUUCUUAAAUUUCCCUUAACUCACUAUGAUUUAUCCUCACAUAUAAAAGAAGCACCUUGAUUUAAGUGUUCAAUCAGGUUUUUUUGUUGUCUUCUGUUCCCUUGCCAUCACACUGUUGCUCAGCAACAAUUUUUUUGUUCCAAUAUUUAUUUUUUAUUCUGAAAAUACUUACAAACUCAUACUCAAACAAACACAAUCCAUAAUUUUCUUACACCACAUAUUCAAAGAAAAAUAUGUAAGAAAUUUAAAAAAGUAUUUAUUCAGGACUCAGAUAUGUGUAAAUUUCAUUUAUAUUCUAUAUAAUUUUAAUUAUAACCAAAAUGAUCCUGUAGUCAAUAACAAUUUAAUUGUACAUUUUAAAAUAACUAAGACUGUAGAAUUGAAUUGAUUGUAAUAAAAAAAUAAAUUCUAGAGGUGAUGGAUAUCUCAUUUAACCUAAUGUGAUUAUUAUAUAUUGUAUGCCUCUAUCAGAAUAUGUAUUUAUAACAUACGUACAUAUAUAACAGAAAUAUUACUGUUUCAAACAGAAACAUUCAUAGAAAUCAUAACAAACUGAAUUAUACAUGAAAGAACGUAAGAUACCAUGUAUUGCAUAUUAGUUCAUCUCGUCAAGACAGUAACCAUGGGGAAGAUAUCUAGUCUAACUUAUUAACCUAGAAAAAGGAGAAUUGAAUUCUGGAAACUCCUGACAAGUUACUGCUAUCUCUGGCAUUUGUCUCUUCAUCUUUAAAAUGAAUGGGUAGGUUAGGAGCCCUUCAGUCUCAAUACUUUAUGAUGCUAUGGUUUGCCAUUAUUUAAUAAAUGACAAAUGUAUUAAUGCUAUCCUGGAAAUGUAAAAUCAAAAAUAUGUUGG